CGACCUUAUAUUCACUAAUCAGACCAUAUAUAUAUUUACCGCCGAAAAUUUACCGUCUGCGAAAUACAUUGAUCAUCUUGCUCAAGAAUUAUCAAGAUCGCCACCACCAUGGAGGAUUUAACCCACAUUGCAGAUUCCAGUAUUGUGAUCAAGAAAAAGAAAACUAAAGGUCGUCAAAAAAUCGACCCUACUAAGAAAAUCGUAAACCCCAGCAGUCUUCAAGUCGCAUUCUCUAAACGACGAACCGGGUUGUUCAAGAAAGCCGCCGAAUUGUGUGUUUUGACCGGCGCCCAGAUUGCGAUUCUGACCCAAUCUCCCGGUGGCAGAAUCUUUUCAUUCGGUCACCCCAAUGUUGAUGUUGUCAUUGACCGUUUUCUUGAUAUUAAAGACAGCAACUUUAAAUAUGAAGAAGAAAUCAAGAACCCUAAAGAGACGAGUAAUUUAAUGUGGUUCGAUGAGCCGAUUGAUGGUAUGAACCUUGAAGAGUUGGAAGAGUAUCUGCAUUCUUUGGUUGAGUUGAAGAACAACGUCGACAGAAGGGCUGAUGAACUUAUGAUGAUCAACACAAAUCCAAGAAUCUUGGGCCCGGAUUUCGUUCAUUUUGGGUUGAAUAACGGUUUUCCAAUGAUGAGUGUUCACUGAUUCUUUUGAUGUCCCCAGAAAUUCAGAAAAUUUAUCUUCUAGUUAGGUAAAAUAUUGAGUUGUUAGUAU